AUGCGAGCCUCGACGGUACUGAAGUUGGCUCUAUGCCUCGGAUCGCUCUGGACAGGCGCUUUCUCGGCGCCCGCUCGCCCAGCCCAGGCAUCUCAAAAUGUGACUCAUCUUUACACAUUCGGCGACAGGUGAGCCAGACAUCGAGUCAGCCAAUAACUGCCACGCGGUACAGGGGUCAAUCUCGAACCCGGCUAAAGUUCAUCUCUUGUCUGUAAACAGUUACACAGAUUCGUGCAAUUCCUACCGAUUACUGUAUUCAAACGUCUCGCAUCCACCUUUCCCAGCUUGCAACCCUCCGCCGAUUGGAAGAGCGGUAGGAGGUCCGGAAUGGCCAGAGUAUCUCGUGUCGGACCAAGCAGCGACGGAGGGACAGACGCAAGUUAGGCAAUCCGGCAUGCCGUGGCAGGUGGUCAAUUUUGCCUACUCCGGCGCGACUUGCGACAACGUCAACUUUCCGAGACCGGUGCCCGAGUGAGUCGUGUUGUGCGACUUGGACAUUACGUUGCCCGAAGCUCGGUAGCUGAGGUUGCGCUGCGAUCGAUGGCAGUGUCGGCAAACAAAUCAGCAUCUUUCGCAAUGGCCUGCAAAAUUGGCCUAGCCACCCUGCUUUGGGCUCUGAUCCCGCAACGACCGUCGGUGUCAUCUUCAUUGGAGGAAAUGACGUGCGUACCAUCAGGCCCAUUCGGCCCCAUCCACUCAGUAGAGCUGACCAACGUUAUGGGCCACAAAAUCUUUUGCUGUUCAGGUGA